AUGUGGCCGACGUGGAACCCUGAACUUGCACUUGUCAGGAUUGAGCUUGAGGUUGAUCUUGCGAGCGCGCUUCAAGAUGAGCUUGAGAUUGUGAUCGUGUUCUGCUGCGUCUUUGCCAUACACGAGGAUAUCAUCGACAAUAAUGGCACAAGAAACGCCACGGCGCAGGCCCGGGGCGGGGGCGGGGCGGGGCUGGAUGAGGCGGGGGCCCAGGCCGAUGGAGACGACACGCCUGACGCGCGAGCACAAAUGGACGGCGCGGGAAGCGGGCGUCACGUGGCCGCUGUCAAAAUGGCGGAGGAAGGGUCGGCGAGCAGCGAGGAACAGUCGCAGCCCCUCGAACGGGAAUUACACCAGAAAUGCAUGUGCACAACCGAGGAAUUGAGUGUUGUCUGCUUUGAACAGGAAAACGAUGCAAUUAAUGAGGAACUUUGUAAAAUGUUAUGCGAACGAGAUCAGUUUAAUAAAUUAGUUCAGAGGGUGGAAGGAAUUGGCUUUUCAAUUGAAAAAGAACGUAAUGGAAUUAGAAAUGAAAUGCAUAAAGAAUUUGAAAAAAUUAACCAGUCUGUGAAGAACAGGAAGGAUAUGUUGUUAAAAGAGCUAGAAUUCAUAGUUCAGCAAUACCUUAUUGUAACUGGUAAAGUCCAGAAGCUACUUGGGGAGAAAAUUAAUGCUUUAGACUCUGCCAUGCAAGAUGAAGUGGAGCCCAAACAUGAAAGUCUCUCAACAUAUUGUAAUAAACAGCAGGUACAUUUUUAUUCUGCCAAAGCAUGUUGUGGAAGAAAUUAA